CACCAACGCCGGCACGGCCAAGCUACGAUAUCCGGCUAGCAGCCAUGGCAUCCGUCAGCGAUGUGUUCACCGUCAUCAGCUCUCUCGCACUGCGACUGAGCAUCUGGAUUUUCCUGCGAUGGAUUCCCACAUCAAUCGUUCCGCCGCUUGCCGCCGCGCUCACUGCCAUCUACAUUCCCUCCUUCUUCACUAGCUUCCAGGACACAGCAGAGUACAAGAUCAUUUCAGAUGAGCUGGACAUCAUUGUGAAAGACACUAUCGAACGCAACCCGAGCGUCGAAGCCGAGCUUAUCGAAGGUGCCGAAGAUGGACCGCUGGAGGAACUCGACGUGCAGGAAACGAUACAAUACGAGGAGAGGCAGCCAAAGAUCUUGAGGACGCUGCUCACUGGUCUUCCCAGCCCCUCAUCGGCGCUAUGGAGCUGGAUCACCUUCGGUAUCAAUAUGGCGCUGAUCGCUAUGGCACUCGAUGUCGUCUACCGCGCGCCUCUGCUCCACGACUGCCACAACGCGUCGUUCGGACGCAUUGGGUACGUGUCAGAUCAUAGCGCAAAGGUUCUGAUCAGAGAGCCGUAUACACACGAUGUCAAGGUUAUGUACCGUUCAAUCGACGAGAUGAACCGCUCUUGGAUGCAUAAGACUCUGUAUGCCUCCCAGCCUAAGCAAUGGCUGACGAACGACACCGACUUCACCUCUGUCAUUGACCUUGACCAUCUACGCUCCGAUACGCCAUACGAGUACAUCAUCAACACAUCGAAUGGUAACAAGACCGGCACCUUUACCACUGCGCCGCGCCCUGGUCACAUCUCAGCCUUCAAAGACAACAAGUACACGUUCGUGCACUCCAGCUGCAUCAAGCCUCGAAUGCCCUAUACACCUUUCCAGCAUCCUCUCGAAUUCCCAGGCAUGAAGCACCUCGCAGGCUGGCUACACGAGCUGAAGCCAUACUUUAUGCUCUUCCUCGGCGACUUCAUCUAUAUCGACGUACCACACAGGCUGGGCAAAGACGCAGAGACCUAUCGGCGCGAGUACCGCCAAGUCUACUCCUCGCCAUCAUGGCCCGCAGUCAGCGAUAACCUGCCCUGGAUCCACGUCAUCGACGAUCACGAGAUCCAGAAUGACUGGAACAGCAACAUGACCGGCGUGGCCGUUCCUGCGUACGACGCCUUCACGCACUACAACGCUGCCGCCAACCCACCUGCCCACCGCAAGGGUGCCACCUACUUCUCUUUUACACAAGGCCCAGCCGAGUUCUUCCUCCUCGACACACGCCGGUACCGCAGUCCUGCCAACAAAGACCCCAACGACCCCAACAAGACGAUGCUCGGCGCCACCCAGCUCGAAGACCUGCUCACCUGGAUCCACAAAGAGCCACCAAGGGGCGUCCACUGGAAGAUCAUCGUUACCGGCAUCCCAUUCACCAAGAAUUGGCAAUUCGGCUCCGAGGACACCUGGGGCGGGCACCUCGUCGAGCGGCGUCUUGUCCUCGAAGCUGCCUGGUCACUCUCCUCCACGCACGGCGUUGGCGUCGUAGUCCUCAGCGGCGACCGCCACGAAUUCGCUGCCACAUCUUUCCCACCACCGCCAGGCUCCCGUUGGCCGGUCAGCGCGACGGUGCACGAGUUCAGCACGAGUCCGCUCAGCAUGUUCUACCUCCCGAUCCGGACCUACAAGGAGAUUGAUGAUGAGGAUGUCACGAUUAAGUAUCUGCCGGAUGGGAACAGCAAGUUCGGCGCUGUCGAGAUUACGACGCCGGUCCAUGGGGAGCAGAGUCAUUUGAAUUAUAGGUUAUUUAUUGAUGGGAAGGAGGCUUGGACACACCUUAUUUCGACGCCGCCGAGUAAGGAUGGGAGUCAUAGGGCGAGGGAUGCUGUUUGGGGCUAAUUGAAGUGCUAGUGUUGGAUGAUUUCGAAUAUGGCGCAAAUGGAGGGUAAUGUGUACGGUCUUAGCGAUUAGCAAUUUUUGAGC